AACAUCUCCCUCAAUCGCGCCCCUUCUUCCAAAAACACACUGCCCUUGCCUUACCGACAUUUUCGAGACUUGUUUCAUUGUCCCUGCUACCCGUCGUCAGUCCCUCACAUUCGCGCCUGUCAUACACCGCGUCAAGCUCAAAAGAGGCCGCAACGGGAAAAGAGACAGUUUCGGGAGCUACUCGUUUCAUUGCCCCUUUUGCUUCUUAGCUGACUAUUGAGUGCGGCAUACGUGACCGUGCAUUGGAGCGGAUAACAUAUCGACGUGGCAUUCCAGUCCGUGUCCAAGUGGUGCGACAGAUUACAUCCCUUCAUCAUUCCAGGUCCCCAUCCCUUCUUACCACCCAGUCAAGUUCUCAGUCAUGAUCCAAGACGUCGAACACCCGUCAUCUACAGCCACGCCUGCUGUUGACAGCCUGAAACUCUCGUCGACCGCAAUGGCCCCGAUCAGAACUGAGGAGGGAUCCUGCCCGACUGAUGAUGCUGCUGUUCGACCGUCCCACCUGAACAUCCCUGUAACCUUAUUAGCACAGAGCUCGGAUACCGUAUCUCCACUACCGACAAAACAAUAUCCCUCGCACCCGUCCCUCCACCGUCGGUCAAACACCGAAAUUAUACAGCGGCACGCCCCUCUCCCCUCUCGAAAGCUUUUCUCCGACCAGUCAAAAACAUACGAAGACCUCGACAGCGCGAAUCACCGUCCCAACCCCCCGACCGAGAACACAACUCGCCGAAGACUCGAAGAGGGUGCGAAACGCCUGUCAGGCUGGUUUCAAGGAAGGUCGCAGCCCGCGAAUCUGGGAGUGGGAUAUCAGUCCGACGAACCGGACGACGAAGAGGACGCCAUGGAGCGACGAGGUGCUCGGGAACCGUACGUAAUGCCAACCGCCCCGACCGGCCUCACCAGCCGGGCACAGAAGCGGAUGACGGCUCCUUCGCCCUUGAAGCAGGUCACUUCGUCGAAUCCGUUCUCUUUCUUCGGCUUGAAGCGCCAAGGAGAAGCCAGGCUUGAGCUUCCGGAACCCGCGCACGACGAGUUCUUGAACCUCGACAUCAACGCUGCUCUGUUUCCUCCUGGGUUCAGUAACCUAGAAGGCCGGGAUGCUUUCGACGCACUACGAAGCAACGCAGACACCAUACUAAGACGACUACAAGCAGCAUAUAAGCAGCGGACGUUUGCUUUGCACGAAGUCUUGGCCGAUAAGAGUGAAAAACAGGAGGAACUCGAGAUAACGCGAACCCGUAUAGGCAACCUGAAGAUCCAGCUGGAUGGCAUGGCCGAGAAGGUUAUUCAGCAGGAGAAAGCCAUGAAGGCCAUGGCAGAAGAAUUGGAGCAGGAAAGGCAGUUGCGUCGCAGGGAGGAAGAGGCGUGUCGCCGCAGUGUGAUGCUUAUCAGAUCUAGUGACGAUGAUGAUAGCACUUCAGAUCUCGCCGCGGAACUUCAAACACCUAAGCGAAGCAUGAAACGGGCCAGUAAUGGUACGUUCACGAGCGACUCCGGGUUUGACUCGGGAGAUGAAAGUCUUGCGGAGAGUGUCUUUUCCCGUCGCGAAGUGCUCGAGUCACCGGCUUCAACCGUCGCGCCAUCCCCCAAUAUCUCUCAGGUUACCUUGUCGACUCCUACAUCAGCGCCUGUGAAGUCAAGCCCGAAGAAAGAGCUCAAGCCUGCCUCGGCCCCGCAAACACGUCAAUCUACGUACGAUCGGGUCAUCAAGGGUCUCACGCCUAAGGGAAUCACCAGCUCCUGGAAUAAUUCCUCGAAGUGCAACAUUUGCCAUGGCGUACCUUCCUCCGAAGCUUGGAGUGUGCUGGGUAUUCUCAAGGAAGAGAAUAGAGGCCUAAAGGAGCGCCUUGGGGAGCUGGAGAAUGUGAUAGAUGACUGUUUAUGCUUGGUUGGUCCCUGACACUGUGUCUUAUCACAACGCGAUCCUUGGGGGUGAACUUCUGCAAGUCCGGAACAUUCUCAGCGAACAGGAGCAGGAAGCUGUACAAGAACAACAUAUGUGAGUAU